CUUUAUUAUCGCACCUCUUAAUCUAAAAAAUAAAAAUUAUAACUUUCUUAUGUGUUACGUUAAGUAAAGCUUAUUUAAAAACUGUUCAAAGAACAAGGUCGUCGUAGUGGUCACUUUCGUGGGAUAAAAAUGUUGUCGAAAAAGGUUUUAAAAAAUUACCGAGCUUUUACACGUUUCCUCCACGUCGAAAGUUCGAACGUAAUACAAACGAAAUGCGAUCAAAAUUCAAAAAGAUACAAAGAGAAUUAUUCUCAAAUGAACGAUUUAGUAGAAAAUUUAAGGAAAAGAACGCAAGAUAUUUUACAAGGUGGUGGAGAUAAAGCUAUAAAAAGACACACUUCGAAAGGAAAAUUAUUGGUUAGGGACCGAAUUGAUUUAUUAUUAGAUAAAAAUUCAGCUUUUUUGGAACUCAGUACUUUCGCUGGAUUUAAUAUGUACGAUGAUGUUAUUAAUUCGGCUGGUGUUAUAACUGGAAUUGGUAAAAUUCAUGGUAACGAAUGUAUUGUUGUUGCUAAUGAUGCCACCGUAAAAGGAGGAACUUAUUAUCCUAUGACUGUUAAAAAACAUCUCAGAGCACAAGAAAUUGCCCAAGAAAACAAUUUACCUUGCAUUUAUUUGGUUGAUAGCGGUGGGGCUAACUUACCACAUCAAUCAGAAGUGUUUCCUGAUAAGAAUCAUUUUGGGAGAAUCUUUUUUAAUCAAGCUAAUUUAUCAUCAGAAGGAAUUCCACAGAUUGCUGUAGUUUUGGGUUCAUGUACAGCUGGUGGUGCAUAUGUUCCAGCAAUGGCAGAUGAAUCAGUAAUAGUAAAACAACAAGGAACGAUUUUCUUAGCAGGUCCACCAUUAGUAAAAGCAGCAACUGGCGAAGAAGUUUCCGCUGAAGAAUUAGGAGGAGCCGAUAUGCACUGUUCCGUAUCCGGCGUAACAGAUCAUUACGCAUUAAACGACGAACACGCGAUUCAUAUCGCAAGACAAAUCAUUAAAAACAUCAAUAAGCAACCGAAUGAAUUAUUUAACACCCCAUUUGAAACCCCUCUAUAUAACCCUGAAGAACUUUAUGGAAUUAUCGAUCAAGAUCUAACUAAAUCUUUCGAUGUUCGCGAAGUGAUUGCAAGAAUUUUUGAUGGAUCAAAAUUUGAUGAGUUUAAAAAAAAAUUCGGGGCGACUUUAAUUUGUGGUUUUACAAAGCUUUAUGGAAAAAUGGUUGGGGUGAUUGGAAAUAACGGGGUUUUAUUUGCUGAAAGUGCGGUAAAAGGGGCUCAUUUUGUACAAUUAUGCACUCAAAGAAACAUCCCAUUAAUUUUUCUUCAAAACAUAACUGGAUUUAUGGUCGGUAAACAAGCCGAAACCGGCGGAAUUGCUAAACACGGCGCUAAACUAGUUACAGCCGUAGCUUGCGCUAAAGUUCCUAAAAUCACUUUGAUUAUUGGAGGCUCUUACGGAGCCGGAAAUUACGGAAUGUGCGGCAGAUCUUAUUCACCAAGAUUUUUGUAUAUGUGGCCGAAUGCGAGGAUUUCUGUUAUGGGUGGACAACAAGCUGCGGGUGUUUUAUCACAAGUUGCUGUUAAAACUAAAGGAAAGAAUUGGAGUAAAAAAGAUAUUGAGGAUUUUGAAAAACCAAUUAUUGAGCAAUUUGAUAAUGAAAGUUCUGCUUAUUUUAGUAGUGCAAGGAUAUGGGAUGAUGGAAUUAUUGAUCCAAAAGAUACUCGUAAAGUACUUGGAUUAAGUUUAGCAGCUGCUUUAAAUAGUGAAAAGAAGAAAACAACUUUUGGUGUUUUUAGAAUGUAAAAAAAAUUAAUUAAAAGAUAUAUAUUUAGAUUAA